AGCGCACUAGAGAAGUCAUCAAACGCACACCAGGAAAAGAGAGCAAAAAGAUCAAAAUAAAGAUAUUUCAUAAGUAGUGCGCAGUGCAGACAUUAAAAACUAUCUAUUGUUAUUCUUCUUUGCUGUUUUGUUCCGGAUAAUUUUCGAAAAUGCCAUUUCUUGGACAAGACUGGAGAUCGCCUGGGCAGAGCUGGGUAAAAACAGAGGAAGGCUGGAAAAAAUUUUCAGACGACAAGAAUAACAAUGUCACUGAAUUGAAAAGCUACUGCAAAGAAGAGGAGUUCUACAAAGAAAAUCUGCUGCUUUCCAUGGGUUAUGACAUGGCCGCUAAGAAGCGCAAGAAGGACCUUCUGAACAACAACACAAAGAUUCCUUACUUCCACAAAGACAAAUGGAUAUACGUCCACAAAGCAAGCACCAAAGAGCGCCAUGGAUAUUGUACGCUAGGGGAGGCCUUCAACAGACUGGACUUCUCCAGCGCCAUCAUGGACACCAGAAGAUUCAAUUACGUUGUGAGGCUACUGGAGCUGAUAGCCAAAUCCCAACUGCCGUCGCUGAGUGGAGUGGCACAGAAGAACUACAUGAACAUUCUGGAAAAAGUUGUGCAGAAAGUGCUGGAGAACCAGCAGAACGUGCGGCCCAUUAAGGAGCUCCUGCAGACGCUGUACGUGUCCCUCUGCAGCCUGGUGCAGGACAUGGGCAAGUCCGUGCUGGUGGGCAACAUCAACAUCUGGGUGUACCGCAUGGAGAGCAUCCUGCAGUGGCAGCAGCAGCUGGACAACAUCCAGAUCAACAGGCCCACCACCAAGGGAAUGACGCUGACGGACCUGCCCGCAUGCCUGCAGCUGAACAUUAUGCAGAGGCUGUCGGACGGGCGGGACCUGGUCAGCCUGGGCCAGGUGUCUCCCGACCUCAAUGCCCUCACUGAAGACCGCCUGCUGUGGAAGAGGCUGUGCCAGUAUCACUUCACUGAGAGACAGAUCCGGAAGCGCGUGAUACUGUCAGACAAGGGCCAUCUGGAGUGGAAGAGAAUGUAUUUCAAGCUCUGCCGGUGUUACCCCCGCAAGGAGCAGUACAGCGACACCCUGCAGUUCUGCACACACUGCCACAUCCUCUUCUGGAAGGACACAAACCAUCCCUGCACAGCCAACAACGCAGAGAGCUGCUGUAUGCCUGUGUCUCCACAGGGCUUCAUCAACCUCUUCAAGUACUGAUGGGCCCUCAGGCACUGCCUUGUACAUAGUGUUCAUAGUGCAAUGGAUUCCUGGAUGUCUUGAGAUGGGUUGGGGGGACUGAAACGUGUAAAUUUGUUGGGGGUGUUGGGGGUUCAGGGUUUUUUUUUGGCUUGAGAGAAAAUGAAUGUAUUGCAGAUGGUCAGAGUAUAUUGUGACAGAUUAUGGAUAUCAAAACUGGAGACAUUGAGGCAUUCUAUCAAAAUCUGGUAGCCAAAAGCAUUUUAAAAAAACAUAGCCGCAAUGAAAAUUGUAUAAUUUAAAAGAGUUAGUUACUACAUGUCCUUGUACGUUGGACAACUGUGCUGAAAAUACAGAAAAUGUUUGGUUUUUUUGGUCUGAAAAGAUAUUUUCAGUUGAGUGAAUAUCGAGAAAACUAACACUGAAAGUAACUUGAAUAUUUACUUUUUGAAGGUAGAACAAGACUGAAAACUGAAAGUACCUGAUGUGAACUUUUUUUGUGAACUGGUUUUUAUAAGUCAAGAUUGUCUAAUUAGGCUUGUGGGAUCUCUGAGCUGAUUUUUGGAAUAAGUUUUAGGAUGCCCUCUGCCUCUACUUGAAUGUCUUCUAGUUUUGACCUGGUAAGAGACUUAAAUUCUCUUAACUAUUGAGACAUGGCUAAAGGCUAUGUGCAUGAUAUGAAAAAUGAUGGACUAGGUACUGUACAUGUCACCAGAAUGACUGGUAUCGUAUGAUACUUUUUUUAAAGUACAUUUACAUUUUUCACUUUUAUACAUUUGAUAAUGUUUUCUUUUUUCCAAAGGAUAUUGUGUAACUGUGUUUUUGUUUUCCGAAAGGUGCAAUGUAAUAUUUUAUUUUACUGUAAUCAAAAGCUUCACCAAAGCAGUGUGUACUCUGCCUUCAAAAAUGCUAAUUAGACACAUAUGUAAGCAUUGUGUAUUCCUUGUGCAGACCAUUUGUUAGCCUGAAAUGACAUGUUUUGGGUUAUAGUAUUACAGUUUUGGGAAAUGUGUGUUCAGUAAUAAGAAAGAAUUAUUCACGGUUUGGAAGAAUGUUAUAAACCUGUUUUCUACUGGCACUUGCAUGAAGCAAAAAUUUCCAAAAUAUUAGAGGUUUUUUUAUUUUUUUGUUUUAUAGUUUCAUAUUCAUUUUGUUUUCUGACUCAUGGAUGAGGCACAAGAGGGAUGGCCUGUAGUGGGCCUUUUAGCAUGCUCAAAACACCUUUUUUUGCACCACAUAAACAAUGUGCUGUAAGUGAGGUACCACACGAUGGCCUCGCGUUUCAUUGGAUAAAUAAACAACCAAUCAUA